UUAUGGCACUGGUUCUCUUUUAUUUAUCACAAUUGUUGUUUUGAUUAUUGUUCUUAUUUCAAGAUACACAAUGACAUAGAAAAAAAUAUCAAUUAUGAUACAUCAAAAGCAAAGAAUGGCCAUGGCCCACGCUUAUUGUUUUACUGAUGCUAUGGCUAGGAAUCGUCAACUCUAUCAAUUAUCAUGAUCAUCCUGAUCAUGGACGAAUGAUCAAAAAUGACACCAAAAUGACCAGGCUGUUCUUUGUCAAUGUGGACAAGAUUCGAUCAUCGACUAGUAAUGUGACAUCAGAAAUCAACCGUAAGAAUCUUUACCCAUCGUUAGUAAUUGAGAAUGUAUCUAUUGACCAAAUGACCGAUCAUUUCCUUGAUGAAUUGAACAAAUUUGGUGCCUAUUCCAAGUUGACAUCACAAUUACUGCAAUCCAUCGUAAACAAAGAAUUGGGAGCCACUUUCAUGAAGCGAUUAUUGAACAAAGCCAAUCGUAACCAUGACCAGCAAACGGUUGAUUUAACAGCAGAUAUUAUCGACAACAUGGUCGACAAGAUGAGCCAACAAGUACAGGAUAUCCAUUCAGCCAUCGAAAUGGUUGGUGAACUCCUACAAGAAACGUAUGGGCAACAUUCAAAUACAACUACAACCAAUACGUUCGAUUGUUGCAAUCCAUACGAAGAUAGAUGGCCCGAAUACCAUGAAAACAAUGGUAGUGGCUAUUACGAUGCCAAAGAGCUCCAAGAAAUCAAAUUAGAAGAACAACAGAUCAGAAAUUACAAUUAUGACUAUGAUAAACGCUUCUACAGUUGGGUUAGCAAAUCAUUUUCCUGUGAUAUGGACUACUGGAACCACUACAAAGAAUUCCAUCCCGCUUUGACCGAACAAUUUCGCCGAAACCUUGUGGCCAAUGUGCAUAUCAAAUGGCAGUAUUACAUGUCUUUCAACGGUGUUCACAUCGAAUAUCCAGCUUAUUAUCCUCCAAACAAUUAUUGCUUUCUCAACCGAUUGAAUAUGAAAGCCAAAUUUUUUACAAAUGAAUUUAAUGCAACCACCAAUGGCAACCUGAAGCGAUAUCCCAAUAGUAAGGGGAAAAAAAUACUACAUCAACAUUGGUUAAAUCAUCAUCAUCACUAUAAAGCCUACGACGACCAAAGGCAAUUUUUCGCUCAAAGACAUCAGAGUAAUUUGAUGGCUGCUGCAUUACCUCGACCAAAAAUGGUCAUCAUAGUUCUAGAUCGAGGAUCGGCAUUGACUGAUCAUCAAUUGAGAGUAGCUAAAUCGAUUGUCAAACAUAUUCUAAAUUCAUUGUCCCAUCGUGACAAGAUCAGUCUGGUGGAUCUAUCAUCAAGUGCCCAUGAUGUUAGUGGUGAUACUUGUGGAUCCAAUCUGGCCAUGGCUAAUGCCGACUACGAAAGUAAACAUAUCUAUGGAAAAUACAUUGAUAGACUACAACGUUCAUUCAAUUCGACCAAUCACUACCUCGGACUAAAGAAAGCCUUCGAAAUAGUUGAGGCCAACUAUUUAUCAUUUAAAGAACAAAUAGAAAUGGAACCACCAGUACUCAUUGCUUACAUCAGCCGUGGUCUACUAGCAUCAUUGGCUGAUGCCCGACCAGUUAUGCAAUUGAUAGCCGAUCAAUUAGCUAAUGCAAAUUACCAAUUCAUCAUCAAUACUUAUGCCUUAAUUGAUGAACGGAUCCCUAUCAUGUUGGAAACAAUAUUCUUAAGGGAAGUUGCUGCAAUGAAUUUCCGAAAAUUCAAUGUUCAAUCACCAGCUCAAGUGAUGAUCAGACCUGGAAUUAUGGUUGCCAUUAACAGUACCGAUCAACUAAGCACAGUACUCGAAACCAUUUACACAGUAUUUAAAAACGACCAACAUUUGAACCAAACGAAUUCUUUGUACGUCUCACUUCCUCAUCAGGAUCUUAUAUCAAAAGAUACUUAUGUAUCGUUGAGUAAGGCCUACCACCACCCCCAAGAUGGCUUGAUUGGUGUGAUAGGCAUUGACAUAUCUUUGCUUGAUUGGGCUGCCGACGUUAUUCAUUAUGAUGGCCACCAGAAUUCAUACGCAUUCUUAAUGGAUGGCUUUACGGGUAAACUCAUCUACCAUCCAGUAUUUGCCAAAUACUUCCAGGAAACUUGUAAACCAAGACAAGUGAUGAGUAAAUACGGCCUGUAUACGAAUCAAGCAAGUGAUUCAUUGGAAAAUUCCUUUAUAAAUGCUCAUCUGGUUGAGCUUGAAUUGAAUGAUGCUCUUCUGAAACAGAUGAUUUUCACCACACACAGUGGUGAAUAUCAAAUCGAUUCGACUAAAUAUAUGUGGAACAAAACAGUCAAUGAUUGGUCUUAUGAAUGGAGAGGAUGUCUACUGAAUCCAUAUAAAUCUCUGGUGUAUCAUUGGCGUCGAAUACAAGCCACCCAUUAUAUCAUAGUUAUCGUUUCAUCGACAACCCAUAAUAAUAAACAAAGUUCGAUUGAACCACAUGGCCAAGCAGAAUGGCAACUAGUCAGUCAUCGUUUAGAUUAUGAUUGGCAAUUAAAAGGUCAUGUCACACUAUGCAAACAUUUCAAUCAGUUGGCAACUAUGGACAAAGCCACUGUUCAUCUGUCCCCAAAUGCAUUCAUUGAUAGUUACCAAAUCGAAAUGAAUUUAGAUUCAUCACAUACAAUACAACGUCAAUGGUCAUAUUUAACCGAUCGUAGCGACUUAAUUGUCAAUCCUGGUUUUAAACCAAAUGUACGGCCAGAUUUAAUUCUAGUGAAUGAAUUGAUUGAUCAUUGGCAACGGAGAAAUCAAGAAAUAACAGAAUGUUCCAAAUAUGUAGUCCGUAAAUACAUUGCUGUUGUAAGUGGUUCGUUUACCGUAUUUCCGGGUUCACUUAUGGAUCUUUCUUAUCGACCAAAAAAUCGUCCAUGGUACAUUCGAGCGAUUGCUGAACCAGAAAAGAUUCAUCUAUUGCCGCCAUAUAUGGACGUAGGAGGCAGUGGAUACAUUGUGACAAUCAGUCAGGCAAUCUACAAAACUACCAACCAAAGCAAGUAUUCGGAAAAUGACGAGGUAUGGGCUGUUAUUGGUAUCGAUUUAACGCUUGGAUACUUUCAUCGUAUACUCGAUGCGAUGGUAUCCAUCUGUCGGCGUGAUAAAGCUUCAUGUUUCCUUGUUGAUCAAUUUGGUUAUAUCAUCGUACAUUCGUCGUUGUCCAAUAUGCCAACAUUGGCCAUGAUUGAAAGACAACAUUUAACGCACAAGGAACCCCAUAUGAUGAAUAGUUUGUUGAGCCAAGAGGAUCGUUUUAUACGAAAAAUAGUUUGCAACAGUUACACUGAUCGUACCAUGCAACGAUUCUAUCGGUUUAACACGAGUCUCAAUGGUAUUGUCACCAGUGUCUACCGUAAUGAGCAGAUUUCCUGUGCCAAAUACAUGAUCAUUUCGCUCACGACAACCAAUGCAUUAUUCGGUAUGGUCGAUCAUAGCUGUGAUAAUGUGACGACUACAUUCUGUCCAUGUUCAUUAACUGAUCGUCUCUGUCUCAAUUGCCAUCGCAUUGAACAAACCGAUUGUGAAUGUCCAUGCGAAUGUCCAUUGGUCAUGAAUGUAUGUAAUGGACAAUUUAUAGAAUCUGAUGAUGGACGACAUCCAAUCUGUACAACAGCGGCUGUAUCACCUCCUUAUGAACAACAGUUACGCGAACCAUAUGGAUCCAAGCUUCAUCUUGGUUCAUACAACAGCUGUAUUCAUAAUGAUUGUCAUAAUAAACUAUUGGAAAGCGAAUGCAAAGGAAUUCUUGGCUGUGAAUGGUGUAUCAUGGAUAAUGGAAUGACAAAAUUAGCCAAUCCAUUCUGUAGCAAUCAGAUGGUUUGCUUUGGAGGAAUAUUCGGAUCAGAAAAUCCUUAUCUAAGCCAGCAACAGCCUUAUCUUCACUUUUAUCGACAUAAUGACAAGCCGAUGCAGCAGACACAGAGCACUGCACCAAUUGGACCAUUGACAGCCACAUUGAUUAUCUGUUUUAUCAUCCUUACCUUUUCUGUGUACUGUUUCCAUUUUCAAUCCAAUCGAAAUCUGGCGACCAGUCGAUAUCUAAACUCUUCCAAUCACAAUGAUCACCAGAUGUUGCAGCCGAACAAUCAUAACGACAUGUUUGAUGAUAGUCAGGAAAAUGGUUCAAACAUUGAAUCUUUGGCUCAAGCAGUUGUCAACGCCAACUAUGCACGGAUCGCAUCUCCAUAUCAAUACAACUCCAACUACAGACGAAGAAUGGAAGCGGAAUCUGACUAUGGCUAUUCUACCAUGACUCCGAAUGAAGAUUCAGAACAUAAUAUACCUAUUUAUAUCAACCCUGACAUUAUCCGUACAAGAAAAAAGUCAAACAUGGAUUCAAGAUCGUCGGUGGCAUCGAUUGUAUCAAAUGAAGGCGAUUCAUCUAUACAAUCGUCACCAUCGACAUUAUCGCUUAACAACAACGAGGACAUGAGUCGAUUGCCACCCCCACCGCCUACACGAUCAAAAAGCAAAAAUCGCAGUAAGCAAAUAUUCGUCGACACUGAACAUUCGAGAGCGACUCGAUUAUCCACGGUUCAAGAGCGAUCGAUCGUUGAUGCAGAGAAUUGCAAUUUUUCUGUUCCGGCUAAUUGACAUUUUGUUCAUUUGUACAUAUAUUAUUAUAUAAUAUUAUUAAAAUUAUCCACGUAACGUGUUCCCAA